GGCUUUUCCGCAGUGAAUACCAGACACGAGGCUGACGCUCACGAUGAUGCCCGGAAGACUAAGACUCGGACAGAGAAGAAAACCCCUUGCCAGGCCUGGCGUUUUUGACCCAACGGACACCCGGAAUGUCAAGCACACGCGUAUGGGCGUGUGGGACCUCUAUGAAGAACGCCCGUAUAACAUACCCAUACCAUAUAGCUCCAGGCUCGAGACAUUUGCACAACUGUUCGAGGGAAUCCCAUUUGUAUGGCGCAUGCUGAAGGACAUAUGCAGUAUACGACGCUGCUUGGGUUUGAUCUGCUUGUAUCUGCUCGUCGAAGUGGCUAGGUCUCUCGUCCCCGCAGUCUCUCUCUGGUAUUCCGGCCAACUUCUUUUACUGGUCGAAACAGCCGUCGAGAAACGGACAGUGGACAAAGAUGUCCUUCUCCGCGUCGCAGCAGGCCGCAUGGCAUGCACUAUAGCGGAACGGGUCUUCCAUUAUGCUCGCAGUCGCAUCACCACCCCUCUCAACUUAUCCAUAAAGCGAUACUAUUCUACUCACAUUUUCCACGCUAUGGCUCGUCUUGACUUACCCACUUUCGAGGAUCCUGCUGUGCAAAGACAACUUGAAUCUUCUUGGACGACUUCGUGGAAAUCGAGUCUCGCGUGGGAAACCAUCGAAAUCACGACGAAUAUGUUCAUGACCUUCAUUCGGCUACUGUCGCAACUGUCUGUGCUGGUUGGCAUAUUGCGCGACCAACCAGAUGGCCCACUUCUUGCCAUCCUCAGCUUCUCACAGUCCCUUUUCCAGUGGUUUAGUAUGAGAGGGCCCUCAUUGCAGUCACUAGUAUGGGCUGCAACGACGAAGAAUGAAGAUUACAUCCGAAUGCAAGGAUAUAAGCAUGUUGUGGAUAACCCCAUACAUCGGAAAGAGGUCGUUGCUGGCAACCUAGGUGAACAUCUCUCCCGUCUGUAUAAGGAUGCCUCAGCUCGUGUCGGAGACGACGCGAUGGAUUUUCCGGAGAUUCGACGUUCAUUUUUUGUCCGGGACCGUCUUACCCUUACAUCUAUCCUCCGCGAACCAUUGCGCGAGCUUCCGCAGAUUGUGUUCACCCUGCGUGCCAUUCAGUAUCCAGCUUCGAUACCCAUCUCCUUGGCAUCGCUCACGUUGAUUACCCAGACAGCUAACUCUUUUAGCGGCACUCUGUUUCAGUUGUUUGGUGAAUCCUUCUCGCUCUCCGAACAGUUUGCCAGCGUGCGCAAGCUGUACGAGAUCUCGACGAUUCCUAAUAGAGUUGUCGACGGGACGAUACCCUUCCCCGAGAAUCAACAGGCAUUGAAACACGGCAUAUUAAUAGAGUUCCGUAAUGUAUCUUUCAAAUAUCCCGGAGCCGACAAGUAUGCUCUCCGUGAUGUAUCUUUUACAAUCCGCGCUGGCCAGCUUUGUGUCAUUGUCGGCGUGAACGGCUCCGGAAAGAGCACGAUCCUGAAGUUGAUCUCACGGCUGUACGAUCCCACCGAAGGCACUAUUCUCAUAGAUGGCCAGGACAUCAAAACGUUGAAACUCAGCGACUUGCGUCGCACGAUGGCCAUCCUUUUCCAAGACUAUACGCAUUUUCCUUUAUCGAUCAAGGAUAACAUUGCUCUCGGUAACCCCGACGUUUCUUACGACGACAACAAAGUACGAGAAGCGGCCCGACUCGGCGGGGCUGAAGAAUUCAUAGAUAAACUACCCGACGGGUUUCAUACAUAUCUUGAUCGGCCGGUCAAGGAUUACUACUCUGCCCUUCCUGAAGGAACCGUUACACUUUUUGGUCGGCAAGUCGACUACAGUAUGGUCCGCGGCGUUGGGAGGAUGCAGACCACCGAAACGUCCUUGAGUGGUGGUCAAAUGCAGAGGCUGGCUGUUGCGCGUACGUUUAUGCGGUCGCUCGUUUCCGAAGCCGAGUCGCCAGUGGGCCUUCUGCUAUUUGACGAGCCAAGUGCUUCCCUCGACCCUACCGCCGAACACGAUCUUUUCCAGAGACUUCGAACCCUGAGAGGCAGCAAAACUAUGGUUUUCUCCUCGCAUCGGUUUGGCAAUCUAACACGUCAUGCUGAUCUGAUCCUUUAUAUGGACGAUACGGAGGUUCAAGAGGCAGGGACACAUGAUGAACUGAUCGCCCAGAACGGUGAAUAUGCUCGUAUAUGGAAGCCUACAAGCACAAGCCUUCUUGUGAUCAAGGCGGAUCUUGCCGGUGAACCUUCGUUGUUUUAGCGACGAUUCCAAUGGAUUAAUCUUAAACAAUGCACCACUGCUGUACUACAUCGUGAACUCGUUGGACUCACGCGUAUCUAUGCGAGCAAACAGGUAAGUUACUGGUUUGCUGGCGUAGACACAGGCAUGUAAGUUCUUGAAGCAUACAAACGAGCCAAUGCCAUACUAAACGUGGAUACCCGCAACCACGAUCAUAAGUAAAGCUUGGUCCCAAGAGAACACAUGUAUAUAUAUUGUAUAGACCCAUAACUCGACACCGCUUACAGGCACCAACCCCAGGGGGCAGGCUCUGAUUUACAUAAAACCUAAUUCAAACCCAGGAACAUCUGCUCGCAGGUGCGCUGAAGGUGGCAGGCUACAAUAAC